CAAAGAAAACAAAAAAUUUGCAUGCAUAUCGCAAAAAAUGUAUUUGCAUUAAUAUUACUGAAUUUGCAAUAGGAUUUUGAAAGUGCAAUUGUUUUAUGUAAAUUCACACAUACAUAAUAUAUUCAAUUAAUAAAAACGGGAGAGAGAAAGGAAGUCAAAGAACAAUGGGCCAAAUUGUUGGAUCCAUGCAGACAAAUGUCGCCGAGGUUUUUGGCGGUGUGCGACGCAAACGGAAACGUAGCCAGGAUUCAACUGUAAACCAAGAAGAAAUCGAAAGGGCCAAAUUGGAGGCACAAUCCCCAAAAAAAAAGAAGCUGUUGACAACGACACAGUAUAUAUAUAAAGCACUGUUCAAGGAGCAAAAGAAUUCGGAUGUGGCUGUAAUGGCCCUGGACAAGGUGUGGCAUCUGCACAAAGUGUAUCUCAGUCAGAGUCCCUAUUUCUACAGCAUGUUCAACGGUUCGUGGAAGGAAUCCCAACAGAAUUUCGUUCACAUCCAAAUCCUCGACGAUCGGAUUAAUGUAAAUAGUGUGGAUGCCGUAUUUGGCUCGAUGUAUUCGGAUGAAAUUGAGAUUGAGAUGAAGGAUGUAAUAGCUGUGUUGGCAACGGCGACACUCUUCCAUUUGGACGGCAUCAUUGAUAAGUGUGCCGAGGUGAUGGUGGACAGCAUUAAUGCGGAGACAGCCAUACACUAUUAUGAGGCUGCCUGCCAGUAUGGUGUCAUGCUCGUGAAGAAGGCCACCUUCAAGUGGUUCCAACUCAAUCUGCUCAGCAUUUACAGCAAACAACCGAAUCUGCUGCGACAUAUACCAAUCGAAUUGAUGUAUCUACUCACGGCCAGCUCCGAUUUGUAUGUGAUGCAAACGGAAUUCUCGUUAUAUACCCUACUCCGCACUUGGAUGUUCCUUCAGCUGCAUCCGCACUAUGAUCCCGAUGAUCCCGUGCAGCGUGCCGAGGCCCAAAAGCAACAGGAACGUUUAGUUAAUGCUGGCGUCGAAACUCACACGCCCAGCGUUGAUGUUGUCCAGUGGACAUACUUUGCUAGCCGCAUGGAGGAGCGUUCAUUUCUGGCCACGCCCGAGGGUCAGCCCUAUGUGCGUGUCUUUCAGCGGCUGCGCACUCAGUAUUUGACUAAUCACUAUAUGGACCUGAAGAUCAUCUUCAAUGAUAAUAUCAUACCCAAGGAGUGGCUCUAUCGACACAUCCACAGCCACUGGGAUGCCCUGCUGCGCAUCGAUCAUGGCCAGGACGAUAGCAGUCCCAAGCAGCUGGACAACGAGGAGUUCUUGGAGAAUUGCAUGCGUUGCGGUCGCCUGCUGCUUGAGCCCGGCUAUCAAAAGUGGCGCUGGACGGGCUUUAACUAUGGCAUGGAUCUGAUACUCAUCAUGGAUUCAAGGCGACUCAACAUUCGGCGUCAUCAUCGACACGAACAUGAACGUGUGCUCAGCCUGCAAACAAAGCGGAAAUUUAUGAUACGCACCACGGUCACCUCGAUAAAUGCCCAGCGACAGCCUGUGCACAGUCAGAGAUCGGAGAUCAUUACACUGAGUCUGGAGAAGAAUGAGGAGGUCUCCUUGAUGGUGCUCGAUUCACAGCUGGUGCAUCCGCUGCUCAUCUCUAUCAAUAUGCUGGUCGUGAUGCCACCGAAUCAGAGCUUCAAGGAGAUUGUCCCGCUGCUUGUCGAGGAAUCGUCCUCCUCCUCCUCGCCGACGACAACCAUACCCAUUUCGGAGAUUGGCGGCGCCACAUGUGAACGUUCCCUGACCCCGGGCAGCGCGGAUGACUCAGCGGUUUGUGUUGGUGGCAGCAGUGCUGGCGGCGACUCGGAUGCAUCGCCUCCGCCGCCAACUAGCCGCUUUAGCUGGGCGGCGCGACUGACGACCAGCGACGUUGGCGGGGAGCCCUUGUGUCGCGACGUGGCGUGCUGAGCACGUUGCAUGCCCCCAAACACCGCCCUCUCAUCUGUGCAACAAGCACCUCUACUCGAGUCGAGUCUCGUUUUUUACAUAUAGUUUGUACAUUCGUUUUCCGCUUUUCAUAUAUAUAUACUCCCUAUAUAUAUAUAUAUACGCCUUAAAUAAUUGUACAUUGUUCUUUGCACACUCUUCUCCAUAAAUAUAUAUAUUUUUUGUA